AUGUCUAAAAAUGAUUGGAGCGCCACUCAGUAUCUGAAGUUCGAAGAUGAGCGAACUAUGCCGGCUCGCGACCUCCUUGCUCGGGUUCCUCUCCAAGCCCCAAGAAGAGUAGUUGAUCUGGGCUGUGGACCGGGCAAUUCAACCGCCGUUUUGGCGACUCGUUACCCUGAUGCUCAUAUCGUGGGAAUAGAUUCAUCACCUGACAUGAUCCAGAAAGCAAAGGCGUCUCUCCCAGCCUAUGAGUUCAGGGUCGAAGAUCUGCGGUCCUAUUCUCCGCCUCCGUCAGUCGAUCUUUUUUUUUCCAAUGCUGUUUUCCAAUGGCUGAAGAAGGAAGAGCGGAUUGCAGUCAUUAAGGGCCUAAUGGAGACUCAGCCCUCUGGAGGAGUGUUUGCCUUUCAAGUGCCAGACAAUCUGAUGGAGCCCUCCCAUGUCCUGAUGAGGGAGGUUGCCACUAAUGGUCCCUGGGCGGCCACUCUCAGCACUGUUGGCAGAGAUACCUUUCAGUCACCACAGGAGAUAUAUGAUCAACUUAAGGAUUUGUCUUCUGAGGUGAACAUAUUUAGAACUGAGUACUACCACUCACUUGAGGAUCAUAAAGCCAUCGUGGAGUGGGUAAAGGGCACCGGGUUAAGACCUUAUGUUGAUCCAUUGUCGCCGCGAGACAAGGAAGCGUUUUUGAGCGAGUAUCUGAAACGGUUGGAGAGUGCGUAUCCCAAGUUAAUCGAUGGUCGGGUUCUGCUACCCUAUCCACGCUUGUUUGUCGUGGCGGAUAAAGAUGGGAGUGUUGCUCAGCAAUCUCUAUUUUAUGAAAGCUAUGUACCAAACAUCAGUACGCAUGCUAAAUACAAGUAUAUUGUCAGAGGUGCUUCCUAUUUAGAGGGUCAACAUUACCUAGGCUACUCACCCGCCUAA